UAUCGAUCGUUUCUCGUGCGGACACCGCGGCGCGACUUGAUCCGACGAGGUUGUUUACCGGCUCUCCAGCGACGCCAAGAGGAACGACUGCUGGCAGAUGCGGUGCGCGACGCGAGCCUCUGCCGUGACCGCGUUGAUGCUGCUUUGCAUAGCGAGGGGUAUCCGCACCGCUCGCGCCCAGGCCCAUCAGAACAUGUCGACCGCCGCGGACGUUGACUGCGGAGUACACUCCGUGGCGUACGUCACGGUGCCGGACGACGCGGUUGCCAAGAGCUUGGCGCGCGGUCUGGUCGAGAACAAGCUCGCUGCCUGCGUAAACAUCAUCCCGCGGAUCACCUCAAUAUACGAGUGGAAAGGGAAGAUACAGGAGGAGCCUGAACUUCUGCUGAUGAUAAAAACCAGGACGGAGACAGUGGAUGCUCUGACGCAGUACGUCAUAAAGAAUCAUCCGUACACGGUUUGCGAAGUGAUCUCCCUGCCUAUACACAAUGGCAACCCCGAUUACCUAAAGUGGAUCAGCGAGGCGGUGCCACCGCUAGAUAAAAGCGAUUAAGUAUAAUCGACAUGCGUUAAAAUAAAAUUCAAUUAUCUAUCGGCGAACACAUUACGUCGCUUGUAUCUUACAGAAGCUAUGUUGCGUUAAAAUAAAAAUAAAAAUGAUAAUAUGUCAUGAUCUAUGAAA